AUGUGGCAGAAAACGGACGCCCUUCUUCGGGGUAAGAUGGUGAAGCUGUUCUUACCCUUUGAAAAACAUCCAACAUUGAAGAAUGAAAACUUUAAAAACUUGUAUUGUGGUGAUGAAGUGUUUGUAUUAGAAACCAAAGACGGCAAAUGGGCUCGUGGUUACGCGUUAACUAGACCAUUCCCCAAUGACUUCACGAUUACUUCAACUAACUUGGAUGAUUUACCAGGUGUUGAUAUUCGGGUCGUUAUUUUCCCCUUGAAAUACGUGGUAGUGGUUGAAGAAUUGCCUUUAGAACAAGUGGUGAUCAAUAGAGAAUUCAAUAACAUAAUUGAUAUUGAAACGGUCCCCACUAUUGCAGCUUCAGAACUUGCCCAUAGAAAUGCUACGGACGGUCCAGAUUUCCCCAAACUGUCUAACCCUAAACGGUUGAUGCCUAAUUUACCAACCAUUAGAUUCAACAAGGGUGAUGACUUGGUUGAUGAAAUCAAACAUGCUUUGAGUUUAUUGGCAAACCAUAUCUUUGCCUUUUAUGCCAUUGGUGAGUUCAAAUUGUUUACUAAAUUGGUAUCUGUUUUUGAUCAAUUACUUGAGGUCAGAAUCAAGUUGAUGAAUGAUGUUUUGACUGAAAACGAAGCUCAAGUCGCCAGAGAAAGUGCUACUUAUUUGUUGUCUGUUGUUUCCAAAAAAUUGGCCUCCAAAUCUGACAGAUUGACAGAUAAAAAUUACGAUUUGGAUAACAAGAACACUGAUGUUUCUGGUUACAAAGCUAUUUUGGCCAGAGACUCGUUUACUGGUACUUUGUUUACUUAUGAUAAUGUCUGCCCUUCAAGAAUUGCUAUUAAUCAGGAGUUGUGUGCGUUGGCUCCACAGUUCCCAAUCAAUUCUCAUGCUCAUAAAGAUGAAUAUAGCUUAGACCCUAAACCAAACACUAAGUUGAUCCAUGAUCCUCCUUCUCAUAUUUUGGUUAACUUCAAACUGGUUCUGGGAUCCUCAGCUUACCAACCUCCAGGGUUCAAGGGAAUGACGGCCUACAUGUACAUUCGGAACAAUAGAAAGAGAUUAUCUGAAGCCUUUGCUGUGCACACAGAUUCUGUCAAGGAUCUAGUUAACGUAGAAAAGUUAUCAGCAGCUUUGUUUAGAAACAUUCCUCAGACCGAAAUUGAAAACUCAAGAGUCUAUCUCUGUGCUGUACUUUUGGAGGAUAUUGACAUUAGUGGUAGAAGUUUGGAACAGAAAGUAACUCACGUCAAUAGUGUUAAAAAGGGUGUUGCUGCUGGUGUUACGGAUAUUACCCGUGUAUUUUCAAAGAAUAAAGGUUCUUUGCAAACGGGAGAAUAUCAUCAAUUUUCAAUUCGUUUGUUUGGUUCUUAUGUGAACAAUAAGAGACCCUCAAACAAUUCCAUGAUCCCGAACAUGAAACUGGGAGCUGGUGAUGCUGAUAGCUUGCAAAACAAUGGCUGGGGUGAAUUGAUUGAAAGAAUUAUUGCUGGCUCUUCUCGUGGUAUUGCUGUUAAUCCAAGAGCUGAAAAAUUGGUUGUAUCUGUUAAAGAGUUUAAGCACCAAUUACAGAAUGAUGGUUCUAAGGUGAACAAUAGCGUUCCAAUUGCAAUUAUCAAACCCAUUUUUUUUGAUCCCUUGGCUGAUAACUAUGAGAGAAUUUACUUGAGAAUGGGUAAAAUUAAUCUCUUGGGCAACAACGCUCAAAAAGAUGAUUUGUUAACUUAUGAAAUUUCUGCUCCAAAUAAUGACUUGAUUACCUUUGCAAAGGCUUCCAAUCAACAAGAGAAGAGAUCUUGGCAGUUUGUAUCGGUUUUCUCUGGUGAAGUUGUUGGUGAAAUUGUUAAGAUCAAUGGUGUUUCAAUCAAGUCGAACAAAAAGGUGCCAAAGGAUGAUUACAUUCUUUUAAGUCUUUUUGUUAAUGGUCAGUUAGAAGGUGAAGGGAAAUUGUUGUACAAAUCUGGAAAUAGGUUAGUUGAAUACAAUACCAAAAAAUCACACCAUGUUGAAAUCGUCUCCCCUGUUCACAACACUCAAAUUGGUCUGGUUGAAGUUCUGACUGAAUAUGUUGGUAAGGUUUUCAAUUCUGACAUUUCAAUUGAUUCAGUUUUCCAAUAUGACAGACUUUUCAAGUUAGGUCCAACAGGAAUGGAUGAUUUGUCAGCAGCUUUAAUUUCCAUAUGCAAAUUGGAUAUAGUCCAAUUGAUCAAAUACUUUCCUGAAUUGUUAUCAUCAAUGUAUAGCAUUGUUGAUAUUUGUUUACAACAGAAACCUACUCCAAGUAAUGAGAUGCUUGAAGAUAACUGUUUUAAGGCUAUGGUUCAUUUGUUAGACACUGUUUUGGGAAAGCAAGAUCAAUAUCUGUACAUGUUGGAUACUUUCUUAACUUCCCAUAAAAAUUUACCCAGCAUAGGUGUUUUCUUGUUGAACAAGGUUGCUGAAAUCUUUGCUCGUGGUGAAGCCAAUUGGAAUACCCUUUCGCGAUCAUUGUGUCGUGUUGUUGGUUUAGUUUUCAAGUUGGUUCAUGAAUCAAUGCAAACUGCUAGUAAUACAGAUGCUUAUGUUGCUUCAAUGAGCGCUUUGUUCAGAGCAACUUCAUCCUUUUUAUCUUUACAAUCAACUUCCUUAAUUGGUGAUCAAGUUCUGGUUUUGGAAAUGAUUGACAACGUAUUGAUCUUCCAUGACAAAAUUGACAUCACUAAGUUGGCUCCAUUUGUUAUCACGUUGGUUGAUUCUAUCGGGACCCGUGGACUAGGGGCAACUGAAGAUAACAAUAGUAAUGGAAAGAAGUCUUUGGCAUCUGCAAGAGAUCAUAAGAUUAUUAUAAGCAAAUUGCUUUUAAUCCAUCGCUUAUUAGGUUCUGCAUUGGCUGAGAACAAAGCAACUCGUAGAAUUCUUGUUGGGAAGUCAGUUUCUUGGUGUAUGGAUGUUUUUUUAGGGUCCACUGAUGUUGAUGCCACCAGAAUCGCUUGUUCCAUCUUUAAUUCUGUUUGUAAGUUGUUGAAAGAGAAAGUUUUAUGCAACCCUGAUAAUGGAAAUGAAAUUGACUUGUGCUUUUCAUUGGCUAAGUUAUUGCCUGCAAUCUCCAGAACUUUUAUCAAGUUUAACAAGUACACUAGAGGUAAUGAUUUUUUUAAGCCAAAAAGAACAUUCACAUAUUUGUUCCCCAGAGACUACCCCUUUAAAGAGUCCAUUGCGGAUCCAAUUGUCAACGACGAGAUUGUCGUUGAAGUUUUGAUUGAGCUUGUUGUUAUCUUCUGCUUUGUUGCUCGUAUUGGUAAAGCUGCUGCUGGUAAUGAUGGUUACGCCAAAAUUUUAACUACCAAGAUUGAAAACGAUUUCUUUGAUGCCGAUAAGUAUUUGGCUUCUAACUUUCAUAAUGAAGAUGUUUUAACCUUAAUCUCUGGUGUUAAGCUUAUGAGACAAGGGAAGUACUUCCCUGAAGACAAAUGGCUUUCUUUAUAUGCUUCGAUAGCUGAUGGCGGGUUAGUUGCUUUGGAGUUAGUAAGACCCUUGUUGAUUAACCAUUACAUCCCACCUAUCGAAGAUUCUGAGAUUUUUGAUAAGACUAUUUGGGGUAAUUAUUUGCUUACAUUGUUAAAAUUGGGUACCUUGGUUCCAGUAGCUACGGAACAUUUGUCUGAAGUUCCUCAAAAGGCUUGUUUUCAAAUCACAUCUUCUGUUCGGGAUCGAAUUGCGUUUAUGGUGAAUGAAGCUUGGGAUGCUUUGGCCUGGGAUGCUACGAAGGAGGAUACCAUCAGAUUCAACUUAAACAAAUUUGGUGGAUAUCAAGUUGAAUUUAUCAAUUCUGAUUACUCGAUUCUUCAGGAUUUAAUGCUUUUUGCUUUACAAAAGCAUGAAGCAUGCCAACAAGUUGCAGUUAAGAUUUUAUGGUCUGUGGUUAUAUCUGAAUUUAUUUUAAGUGAAAACAUUGUUGAUGUUGAACGUGAAUGUUUGAUUGGUCUUCAUGAAAUUUAUACAAGAAAUGGCUAUAAGCCAAUGAUCGGUGAACAGCUUAAUUUCAUUCACAGAUUAAAGGUAACAAUUAGAUUGGAUCGGGAAGAUAUUGCUUUCGGCUUGAUUUACUCAUUUAUCAACACCCUUCAAGAAUUCAUGAUGGUAUUGAAUGAUUUGAAUUGUGUUCCAGUUGGGCCUGAAUUUGAUGAUGACAGAACUUUCCACAAAUUGAACAUUUUUGCUUUCUUGAAGAAUGCCAACAAACCGGAAUUGUUUAAUUCAUUCAUCAAUGCAAUGUUUGAGGAAAAUAUUAACAAGAAGGAUUACAUUCAGGCAGCAUUAAGUUUGGAAUUAUUGGCUUCAACUUAUAGUUGGGAUCAUCACACGCUUUUGCCUUCCAGUUUCAGACCCAAAUUCCCAGAGCAAACUUCAUUUGAAAGAAAGGAAACAUUGUUCAAGAUGAUUUCACAUAAUUUUAUUCGUGGUAACAGUUUGGAAAGGGCUACUGAUACUUACAAUGAAUUAUUGGAUGCUUAUAACGCUCAUACAUAUGAUUUGAAGAGUUUUGCAUAUGUUCAUAACAAAUUGGCCAAGUUAUAUUUGGAUUUGGAAUCUUCUGAUAAAUUGACCCCCUCGUACUUUAGAGUUGCAUUUAUUGGUGCUGGGUUCCCUGUUAAUACAAGAGGCAAGGAAAAUAUUUAUGAAGGAUUACCCUUUGAACAUAUUACUUCGAUCCAUGAAAGAUUGUUGAAAUUAUACCCUGGUGCUAGAAUCAUAUCUGAUGAUUAUGAAGCAGCCAAAAUAAAGGAAAAGAAUCCAACUGGUAGAUAUUUACAUGUUGGAACUGUUGAACCUAUUAAUGAAAUCAGUGACAAGUUAUUUAAUACUUCUAUUGGUGUUAGACAAUAUGCUAGAAACAAGGAUUUGAGAUUCUUUACUGUUAUGAAGAAGAUUCCUGGUUCUACUUCUAUUUUUGAUUUAUGGACUGAGGAAACAACUUAUGAAACAUAUCUUUCAUUCCCUACUUUGAUGAAUAGAUCAGAAAUCAAAGAAUCCAAGGUUAUCAAAUUGUCACCUUUGGAUAAUGCCAUUCGAACCAUCGUAUCCAAGAAUAACGAUUUGAUCUCAUUAGAGAGUAUGAUCAACAUUGCCUUCAAGGAGAAGAGUGAUUUCGGUGCGUUGAUCAAUGAUUUAUCAAGGCAAUUAACAGGAACUGUAGACUCUCCUGUGAAUGGUGGGGUUGGACAAUACCGUACUUUCUUUACUGAUCCCAAAUAUGAGGGUAAGCUUGAACAUUCUGGACAAAUUAGAUUAUUGAGAAAUGCCUUUGAUGAUUUGACAAUAGUGUUGAACAGAUGUUUGAUUUUACAUGGCAAAUUGAUUUCCCCCAGUAUCAGAAUGUCACAUGAAGCAUUGGUUGAUUUGUUUGUUAAGAACUUUGAACAAGAAAUCAAGGCCUUAAAAUUGGCUGGAGAUGGAACUCAAUCUAGUGCGGCUUCGACUACAGGAACCUUAAGUCUGAUCCAAGGUACAUCUCAAUAUAGUGGUAUGAUAUCACAAUCCGGAGGUAUCCAUUCAGAUAAACGGUCGAUUUCUGGGUUAUCCACUGGUGGACUUCAUGCGGCUCCAUUGUUAGCCGGUAGUGGUAACAGAUUAGUGCGUACUUCAAGCCGAGCAUCUUCAACUUCUUCCCAUUCUGCUAAUUCUCAUAAUUAUCUGGACGCUUCAACCAUGAGUGGAUCAUUGAAUGCUGCCUCGGCUCAUUCGUUUGGAACCAAUAAUAGUGGGCUUCCUGGUGCUGUAAAUACCACGAAGCGAACUGCGUUGAAUUGGAGACACAAAUAG